UGCAGUGCUACAAUUAUGCUGUAUUGGUGUGUUUACCAUUUACGCCCUGGAUAUCCAUGUGCGAUCACUAGCCCGUUAUUACUGACAUGUGUACGAAUGGUUUUCUUGCGCGCUUUAUAUACAUAACCAAUCGGCUCGGAAUCUUCUUAUCCCUGUAACGUGAAGUGGAGGGACAGCAGCAAUGACUCACAAUCAGCUUGACAACCAGUAUCGCCCAAAGAGCUCCCCGCGUACUCUUUCAUUUGCGUUCCUAUUGAUUUUCUGCAGUUUUCUGGCAUUGCAUGAAGUCGCUAACGGCCAACUGCCCAAUCUACUGUGCGGGAAGCGGUACCUCGACAAAGGCGACGUGAUCAAGCUAUGGUGCGAGGAUGCCAAACUCACCAUGCCGGAAACAUUUAAUUCCACGUCCGUUUUCCCGGAGAUUACCAGCAUUUACAUUACAUGUCCCAACGCGGAGACACGCAAUUACUGCAACGUCAUGCACACCAACGUAUCAGCCUUGCCAUAUCGAGCCAAUCUGUUCGAUGUUCAGCUGCAGGGUUUUCAAUCGGGUGAUGAUAACCCCAUACCGGUUGGCAGGUUCUUGGCUAACAACAAGCUGGUCAUCUAUCGUUUACACAUCAAGUUCUCCCGCAUCGGUCGCGUGGAUCGGAAUUUCCUGGCCGGCUUUCACGCACUCAGAUGGUUACACCUUGAUGACAACGAUAUUGUCGAUGUAAGUGUCGAUGCUUUUGCGUCUGUGACCCCGGUUGGAGGUCGACCAGUGUUGGACGAUAUCAGGCUGGACAGGAACGCAUUGCAGCGGCUGGACUGGGCAGCGUUUUAUCCGCUAAGAAAAUCCUUGUGGAUGCUGACGCUCAGCAGUCAAACGCCCAAGCUGCGCGCAUUGACACUAAGCACGACGCCUUUUCCCACAACCAUCCGUAUUUUGGACCUAACGCAGAAUCUUUUGGAAUCCGUCCCGAAUUGGAUACUGUAUAAUCGGAAGUGUCAUUAAAGCGAUGGCAUUCUGCAGCGAUCUGCGACAAACGAAACUGAAUUCUUCAAAACCCAUGAAACACCAAACGAUGAUCAUUUAUCAAAAAUGGAAACUUACAGUUUAGGUUAUGUAAAACAAAGAUGCCUGGUUGUACGAUGGUGUAGUAUCUGAACCAGCAAGAGCAAUAUUAAAUUUUACAGCAGCAGCCACGUAACAGUAAACUAAUAUUCGUUAAAUAACAACCCAUCAAAUUUAAAAGAUUUAAAUAGUGUUAUACGUAAUACGUUAAACACCAGUGCAAUUUCCGGUGUGCUCUGUCGCA